GUUUUUCCACGUACGCAUGCGCAGUGAGUGAUUUGUUUUUCCGCAGCACAGCUGCUGGAGAGAGAAACAUGGCGGCGUCCCUGAUCUGCGGCCGGUUGUCCGCUGGACUGAGGAAUUCUGGGUCCAGGACGGCUUUAAGUUCAACAGCUAAGGUAAUUACAGCGAAAUCGGGGCUGUUCGGUAACCAUGGCCACCAGCCGUCUCCGCUGGCGAUGGGGCAGCAGCAGAGGAACCUGUCACUGCACGAAUACCUGAGCAUCGGCUUGCUGAAGGAGGCUGGGAUCUCUGUGCCUGCGGGAAUGGUGGCCAGCUCACCUGAUGAAGCCUACUCCGUCGCCAAACAGAUCGGCUCUAAGGAUCUGGUGGUGAAAGCUCAGGUGUUGGCUGGAGGAAGAGGCAAAGGAACGUUUGAGGGAGGAUUGAAAGGAGGAGUCCGAAUCGUUUACUCGCCAGAGGAAGCGAGGGAAAUCUCCUCAAUGAUGAUCGGUAAGAAGCUGUUCACCAAGCAGACGGGCGAGGCGGGCCGCAUCUGUAACCAGGUGUUCAUCUGUGAGCGCCGUUAUCCCCGCAGAGAGUAUUACUUCGCCAUCACCAUGGAGAGAUCUUUCCAGGGCCCGGUGCUGAUUGGCAGCUCUCAGGGGGGCGUGAACAUAGAGGACGUGGCAGCUGAGAAUCCAGACGCCAUCGUGAAAGAGCCCAUCGACAUCGUAGAGGGCAUCAAGAUGGAUCAAGCCAUAAAGGUUGCUAAGAAAAUGGGUUUCCCAGAGGCUUUGGUGAACGAAGCAGCCGAGAACAUGAUCAAACUCUACGACCUUUUUAUCAAAUACGACGCAUCUAUGGUGGAAAUCAACCCUAUGGUGGAAGACUCCUCUGGCAUUGUGAUGUGCAUGGACGCUAAGAUCAACUUUGACUCCAACGCCGCAUACAGACAGAAGAAAGUGUUCGACUUGCAGGACUGGAGUCAGGAGGACAUACGAGACAGAGAGGCAGCUAAAGCCGAUCUGAACUACAUCGGCCUGGACGGCACCAUCGGCUGCCUGGUCAACGGAGCCGGUCUCGCCAUGGCAACCAUGGACAUCAUUAAACUCCACGGCGGGACGCCUGCCAACUUCCUUGACGUAGGAGGCGGAGCCACGGCACAUCAAGUGACGGAAGCCUUCAAGCUCAUCACCUCGGACAAAAAGGUGCAGGCCAUCCUCGUCAACAUUUUUGGCGGCAUCAUGAGGUGUGACGUCAUCGCUCAGGGCAUCAUCAUGGCCGUCAGGGACUUAGAUCUGAAAAUCCCCAUCGUAGUGCGGUUACAAGGAACAAGAGUGGAUGACGCAAAGGCUCUUAUCGCUGCUAGUCCUCUGAAGAUCCUGGCCUGUGAUGACCUAGAUGAGGCGGCUAAGAUGGUUGUAAAGCUUUCUGAAAUCGUUUCAUUGGCCAAAGAGGCUCAAGUGGAUGUAAAGUUCCAGCUGCCCAUCUAAAGAACUCCAAAUCUAUGAACUACAAAACUCCAUGAACUGACUUGACCCAGUCCCACAUUUCACAUCCCACUCCUCCACUGUGUUCUGCUACUUUCUGAAAUCCUCUACAUGUUCGUCAUAACGGUGCUUCAGCGCUUAGAUAUGAGAUACGCUCUUAUCACGCAUUGUCUGGGUUUGUUGUUUAGGUCAGGUCAAUGUUACUACCUGUUCUUUACCCUCGUUUAUUUAGUUAAUGUUUUGGUGGUGUUUUUUUUUUUUUUUUUUUGAAGAUGUGGACCUAUUUAUGUGGGACUGUAUUUAUAUGGAAGGAUGCUGAGGUGAAGCAAGCUGGACGUAGAAUAUGUUUAAAACAUAUACAGGUAUCUCUAGAGUCUGAUUUAAAAAAAAAUCUCCCGGCAUGCGUUGUUGGAGAAGAGCCUCAUUUUCUGCUUCAGUCAGUGUUUUCUGAAGAGCACGUCACCGUUUCCUACCCCCUUCAAACGCACAAACCACUUCUCUGGGGAAUCUCUGUAAUCUUACUGUGUGUUCUUUUGGCUCUGUAUGAAGAACUGCUGGUUAGCAGGAGGGAAUGAAUAAAAUAAGAAAGGAAAAAUAAAGUUUUUGAUAAUUAUGA